AUGGAAUAUAGUAGGCAAAUAAAGGGAAAUACUUUCAUAGUCUAUUAGGAAGAUUAAAGGGAGAACUCUUUAUCUCCUAGUUAAAAGAGACACACACACACACACACAUUCAUUAGAUAAUUAACUAUAACAUAAAGACAUAAGUUGAUUAUAAUAGUAUCGCUUAUGUAUGAGGGUAAAAGAUAUGUAAGUGUAAUUCAAAGUGUUUCUAUGCAUAGAUUGACGACUGAUUUAGACCCAAGGGAGCUGGACAAGAAGGGUGUUCCUUUUUCACCUGGCAAUAGACUUCAAAUACCAAUUGAUGAGCUUGAAGGAAAAUCAUUCCUCGGGCCUUCUCUGUGA